AUGCUUGAGCGAGGGACGGAUCUUCGGGCUCGGGAUACGUUCCGGGAGACGCCCUUUCAUAGCGCAGCACGGGGGAUUGUGAAUGACCAUGUAUGCCGUGAUGGAAGAGAUAAAGAAGUCACAACUGAGAACAAGAUCAAACUUCAGGAUGAGAUGAUGCGUGUUCUCAAGAAGGCUGCGGGGAAGGAUACUGCCAUCUUGAUGAGCCAAACAAAUGCGGAGGCCUCGGAAGAGGCAGAGGUAGAGGCAGAGGCCAACCAGUAG